AUGGCGUCAUCAGACCGCAUACAGCAUGCCCUUCGAAUUAUCGGAGAGGCCAUCAAUGUCGAGCCCGAGGACUUUCUGGACCAUGAAUCAUGGAAGUUCCUGGGACUCGGUGACCUCCUCGCGACGGCCACUGCAUCAGAUCUGAGGGACCAAGCAGAUCUCGACGUUUCUGUUGAUGUAUUCAGUCUGUAUCCCACCGUAGGUGCCUUCAAAGCAUACCUCUCUGGAGCUUCUGCCGCCGACGAUGAGUCUACAGAUCCCUGGGAAGGCGUGCCGAAGCCCAAGGUUCCUCUGUCCAUCAUCCUCCAGGGUGACCCGAGUACAUCAGCCAUAAUCGUAUAUCUCUUUCCGGAUGGUAGCGGAGCUGGAACUUCUUACAGAACACUGCCUCCAAUCGACGACAGCGUCUGCAUCGUGGGACUCAACUCCCCUUUUCUUCGUCAGGCUCAAAGCUUCACCUGUUCCAUCGAACGCAUGGCUCACCUGUGGAUGGGAGAGCUUCGUAAACUGCAGCCAAAAGGACGGCCUUUCACUCUUGGUGGAUGGUCUGCAGGUGGCUAUUAUGCAUUCGAAGCUGCCAAGCUUCUUAUAUCUUCCGGCGAGAAAGUCGAGCGAAUGAUCAUUAUUGAUUCGCCUUGCCGCCUGGACUACGAGGCGCUUCCCGAGCAGGUUGUCCAGGAAUUGACCCGUAAAGGUCUGAUGGGUGCCUCGAAAGAAAAGAAGGCACCCGAUUGGCUGGUACAGCACUUCACCUCCACGGUCAUCUCAGUAGAUCAAUACAUGCCUACGCCAAUAGCAAGAGAACACGUUCCAACAAAGAUAAACUUCAUCUGGGUGAAGGAAGGUUUGGUCAGUAGUGUAGCGGAGUCUGGACUCGAAGUCGAUCUAAGUGUUAAAGUCACAAAAUUUCUACUGGAGCCGAGAGGCAAUUUGCAGACCGAAGGCUGGGAGAAGUUACUUCCUGGAGCUCAGUACCAUGUGGACUACAUUACUGGAAACCACUUUCAGAUCACGCAGCCGCCACAUUCCGAUAGCCUGGGCCGUAUGCUGCGUAAGGCUAUUCGUAGCUGA